AUGGAUGAGAAAAGUAAAAGAAGAAGUCGAAGCAUAACGGCAAACAAAUUCCGAACGUUUAGGGUUUCGAUCGAGCGACCGGUGGCUCUGGAUUUAUCGCGAGAAAUCACGAGACUGUUCGAUGUAAAUUACCGUAGAAAGCAGCGCAUUUCGGAGUACAUGUGCGAUUCCAUCCGUGCGACAAGACGUAGCGCCUUCAGAUCGAGUGAGCCGCGGCUGGCUCAGGGCCCGGCGCAUGCUGACGAGAUCAGGGAGCUCGCCGCAAACUGUCCCUCGACCGGCAUGUCUCGAUUUCAAGUGAGAGACAUUAAAAAGCAAAUUAACGGGCGCGGUCUCGAGGAAAAGUACCCACAGCUUCUAAUGGCCAUCAUGAGCGAGACCAAAGAAAAUUAUCUGAGAAUAACGCAUUUAGCAGGAGUGAAUAUGAAAGUUAAGCCGCCCGAUGCCGGCGAACGCUUCAUUAUAAAGCCUUUUAAGUAUUUAGGCAAAACAGAAAACUACCCGAACUAUCUGCUCGUCAAGCAGCAAUUAUCUCUUAAAUGGAUUCUUCAUAAACCCGUUAUACAAAAGUUAUUAAAGGAGUGUGUUGUAAAUUUGCCCUACGAGAUUUUAAAUUUAAAUUUGGACUCGGUGUUAACCAUAGAAGAUUUUAAGAUAACACUGUCGGAUAAAAUCGGCAAAGGGAAACAGUUGAUUCAGGAUUUUUACGUAAAAAUUUUAAACAUGAUCGAACGCUUCGGUGAGAGUAGCAUACCAUACUAUGGGGCAUGCACCGGAUUGCUAUCCGUACAUUUGAGUAGAACAAUGGCUCAUACAUUGCUACACAUUGUCAAUUUUACCACCAAUAAAGAUAUGAAGCCUUACUUAUUAAUGCAGGUAAAAUUUGACAGGAGAUUAAUUUUAACACCCACUCUGGAGGAUGUUAUUGAAGUCUACAGGGAGCUAUUUAAGAACAUUUCUCAACUCAUCACAAAAAUCAAGUCAAUUGACAACCCCAACAAACACUUAUCACUUUGUUUAACGGACGAGUUUUUACAGUCUUGCUUGAAAAAAAUCCAAAACAACAUAGAAACGCAAUAUAAACCAAUCCUGCAAUAUCUUGAAAAAUUCGACAAUAAAUUCUCAGUUUUGUAUCCCGACAUAUGCUCUGAUGCUCUGCUAAAUACAAUAGUAGACAUAGAUUUCGACUUUGGUUGUGCGAAACUUAAAUAUUACAAGCAAUACAUAGAUAAAGUGCAGUACAUACCGAACAAAGAAUACUUUUCUGGCGGCCAAGUAGACUUGGUGGAAUACAGGACGACUCUCUACACGAGCCUUAAAAAUAUAACAAACAACAUUUUCAAUAAGCUUCGCUCGCAGCACUAUUGGGAAACGAAUGAUAUCUGCGAAUCUUUCCAGCUAAUUUACAUGAGAUCGCUAAAGAAAACAGAAACCACCGAAGAACUAAUUGAAACCGGAAAAUUUAUGAUACAUGUAAAAGACGAGCUCCUGCAAAGUUUAAUCGAUAGGGUGCAUGCAUCCAUAGAAUUUCUUUCCAGAAUUAUUUUAUUGGGAAUUUUGUCGAAAGAACAUAUUAAAACAAACUCGAUGAUAGUAAAUUGGUUGGAUUUAAUUCCGCCCGCCAUCGAGCAACAUACGGCUGUUUACGAGCAACUUAAAUUCGAAGCUGAGGAAAAACUACAAAAAAUGAUUGAAGAUGUCAAUGAUGCUAUCCAAGAAGUGUUUCCCUUAUUGGUCGCUUUAGACGACAUGGAUAAUAUAUGCAAAGCCAAAAGCUACCUCAACAGCAUUGUGGUCUUCAUGAAGAAAAUACAAAAUGUGGAAGAACAAAUAUUUCUGAUAAACCAAGAAGAGGUUUGCUUAAGUUUCCCCAAGUCAAAUUAUGCAGAGUAUACAAACCUGAAGAACUACGUGUAUCCUUUCUAUCACCUUCUUAAGCUUUGCCUUGAUAUCCAAAGAAACUUAUCGGUGUGGCAGGAUGGCCAGUUCGAUAGACUAAACUAUGAAAUAACAAGUAAAUAUGUGGACAAGUACUAUAACGAACUUCUGGAUACCCAAAAGAGUUACAGGAAAAAACUUCGGCAAGCUCAAGACGACAAUAUCCCAGUUCGUUUUAAAGGCACCAUCGACGAUCCAGAUAUUCUCAAUUGGCCCGCGCCAUUAAAACUGUGCAAUCGAGCUAUUAAAAUGAUAGAGGAUUUUAAGCCUUCAAUAAGGGUGAUGAAAAUAAUGUGUAAUGGUGCUUUACAAUUAAGGCAUUGGAGAGCCAUGUCGGAGAUUGCAGGCUUUGAUAUGGCUCCCAAUGCAGGAACAACGCUAAGAAAAAUUAUGCAAUACGAUCUGCAAGGAAAUCUGGAUAAGUACGAGAUAAUAAGUUUGGGGGCCCAGAAGGAAAAAAUAUUGCUCGAGAGUCUCGAGCAGCUUAAAUUGGAAUGGGAAACUAUUAAGUUAAAUACCACGGUGAUCAAUGACAAGUUAGUUUUGGAUUCGCUAAAUCAGGUAUUUGAAGUUAUCGAUGAUCAUAACAUAAAAUUACUUCAAAUGAAAGCAUCGGUUUUCGUGCAGCCCUAUAAAAAACAAGUCGAGGAAUUUCAUGAAGUUGUUUUAGCAGUUAACUUGGUAUUGGAGAUAUGGCAGAAUUUUCAAUCGCAAUGGCUAAAGCUAAGUCAAAUGUUUUUGCUGGACAGUGUAAAUAAUUUUUUGCCGAGAGAGUUUAAAGUGUUUCAGGAAAUUAACAAAAUUUUCUGCCACUAUGUGGAUUUAAUAGAAAAGGAGCCGCUGGUAAUGCACGUUAUACGUAGCACAAACAUUCUAGAGGAAGUUAAAGUUUGUUUGGAUAAAUUAGAAACUGUAAAUGAAGGUGUAACUUGGUACUUGGAAAGUAUCAGACAUUAUUUCGCAAGGUUUUACUUUAUGCCCAACGAAAAUUUAAUCCAGAUGAUAUCCGAAUCGAAGUAUCCUUGUAAAAUACAACAAUAUCUGAGCAAAUUAUUCCAAAGCAUAAAUGAAUUAAAUAUAAAGGAGAACGAUAUUGUCGGAAUGACAAGUGUGGAGAAGGAAAAUAUUAAUUUUCUGGAAAAGAUCGACGUAACAAAAUCAAAAGGUAAUCUCGAGAAGUGGCUGUUCCAAACUGAAAAACAAAUGGUUGAAACUUUAAGAUCCAUGCUUAUAGAAUGCAGAAAAUAUUGUAAGAAAGAUACUUUCGCGGAAUUGUUUCGAAGAUGGCCUGAACAAAUACAGCAGCUACACACGCAAGUUUUAUUUACAGAAGCAAUGGAGAAUGCUUUAGUGGGAAGCAAAAUUAGGUUGCGGCUAUAUUUAAAAAAAGUCGAGAACGCUAUACAGGAAAAAAUAAAAAUGUUAAACAAUGGAGCGUUGAGUAAUUUGGAGCGAAAUAAGUUAAAGAACUUGAUAAUUACGGAUAUAAAUAAUAAGGGUGUAGUUAAGCUGUUGCUGGAGAAUAAUGUGAGUCGUGGCAAUGAUUUUAAUUGGGAAAUGCAAUUAAAAUAUUACCAACAAAGUGAGAAGUGUUACGUUAGAACCCUGAAAUGCACGAUCAAUUAUUUAUUCGAAUAUCAAGGCAAUCUGAAGCAAAUUAUUAUAACUCCAUUAACAGAUCGAUGUUUUAGAUCCCUAAUUAAUGCAAAUUGCUUACACCUCAACGCUUUAAUACAAGGUGCCGCCGAAACGGGCAAGACUGAGACGGUAAAAAGUUUGGCCAAAGCUUUCGCUGUAUUGAUCAUAACCUUUAACUGUUCCGAAUGCUUUAAUUAUCAAACGAUUGAAAAGUUCCUAAAAGGUGCCGCCAUGUGUGGCUCAUGGCUGUGCAUUAAAAAAAUUAAUUUGGUGCGAAGCGAAAUUUUGUCGAUUGUUUAUCAGGACGUUUUAGCGAUUGCAACGUCAAUUAAGAGCAAAUUGCUUCGCGUCGCACUACAGGGAAAUGUAAUAAACGUGAACCCCUCGUGUUUUGUGUCUAUGACGGUCGACAUCAACAAAUCAACGAGCCAUUUUCCAGAAAACUUCAAGCUGCUAUUUAGAUGUAUUACGAUGACUAUGCCCGAUCUUGGAAUUAUCACUCAAGUGGGAUUGCAUUCACUUGGUUUUCUGCACGCUCCCCAACUGUCAAACAAGAUUAAUACAUCUUUUAAGAUUUUUAACGACUACUUCUUCAGUGAAAAAUCACAAAACUUCGGACUUGACUGUAUUAAACUACUACUAAAAUGCUGCGAAACUUUCAAACUGAAUCACCCCGAGCUGGAUGAAGAAGGUGUUGUUCUUAAUUCAAUUAAGAAACUCAUUACCCCAAGAAUUUUAAAUACGGAUCUUAGUAUUUUAUGUAAUACCCUUGGGGACUUAUUUCCUUUAAACACUACACUGGAUAACAAUAACCAACAUCUUAACGAUGCUAUUACGAAAACUUGUCAGCUCCUUAACCUUAUUCCAAACGAUUUACUCCGCUCGAAGAUAAUUGAAAUGCACGAAUAUGUCAAAAUAAAACACGGAAUUAUCAUUACGGGAAAUACGUUCAGCGGUAAAACCACCAUACUAAAAAUUUGCGGACAAAUAGCCGAGUCGCAAAUUAUUUGCAGUUUUAUCAACCCGAAAACCCUAAACUAUCAACAACUAUUCGGUACAUUUUGCCCUUUAUCCCAUAAAUGGUCCGAUGGAGUCGUAACAAAGAUUUUAAAGUACAGCAAUAAAGAAUCCAAAGCACGAUGGUUAAUAUUUGACGGAAACAUCGAUUCCGCUUGGAUUGAUAAUAUUAAUAAUCUAUUAGAAAAUGAAAAAACCUAUUAUAUCUCAUCAGGAGAAACUAUUAACCUUAAUAACAACCAAUCGAUAUUAUUUGAAGUUAAAGACCUCAGCACCGCUUCUCCCACCACCAUUUCGCGUUGCGGCGUUGUUCACGUUGACUCAACCGCUGUUACCUGGAAAUGCAUUGUGGACACGUGGUCAUCUGCUUAUAAUUCAGACUACCUAAAAAAUCACAAAGAAUAUAUCAAAGACUUGUUUUACUGGAUAUGCACGGCUUCAAUACCCUUCCUGGAAAGGAAUUGUCGACAGCUUUGUUAUCCAGGCGUUUUAAGUCAAGUCAAAACAACACUCAAUUUAACGCAAAUAUUUUUGGAAGAAGCCCUAUCAAAGGAUCACGAUUUGAAAAACAUUAUAUCCUGGAUACAAGCAACAAUACUUCAAACUGGAGUGUGGGGAAUGGGAGGGAUUUUAGAUGUACAAUCAAGGUUAAAGUUCGACGAAUUUUACAAGCUCUUAUGGAGGGGCCAAAAUAAAGACCAUCCCUACCCACAAGGCAUGGACAAACUAGAAGUCACCAUACCGCAAGAAGGCAUCCUCUUCGACUACACCUACAUAUACAAACAAAGAGGAAACUGGAAAUUAUGGGUCGACAUAUUGAAAACGCAGAAAUUGGUGGAAUAUCCGUACAUGAUGAAUUUCAUUGUGCCAACAAUCGAAACAAUCCGCUAUAGUAACAUAAUAAAUUUACACGUAAAAUACAAACAAAACGUAUUGUUAAUCGGCCCUUCAGGCACAGGAAAAACCAUUGUGGUCGAAGAUUGUUUAAUCAAUAGAAUCAAUCCAACCCAAACGCAUAUUUCCAGGGUCGCUUUCAACGUUAAUUUAACUGCCCGUGAAAUUCAAUCGCUAAUAUUAUCGAAAUUAAAUAAGAGAAAAUCCGGCUUUUAUAGCCCACCUGGCGGAAAAGAUUGUUUGAUAUUUUUGGAGGAUUUAAAUGCGUCCCAGAAAGAUGAGCAUGGUGUUGUGCCAGUUAUAGAAUUAUUGCGACAACAUUUAGAUCAUAAUGUUUGGUAUGACGUUAAAACCCUAAACGAAAUUUAUCUGAAAAAUGUCAAGUUUAUAGCAAAACUGGGAAUUCCCGGUGGCUAUAAACAAGAGUUAUCAUCAAGAUUCCUAAGACACUUUUGCGUUUACUCGGUUAAUCAUUUUUCCUGCGAUACUAUAUCGAAAAUAUACUCAUCAAUUCUGCAAUACACGUGGAAAAAAGCUAACUUUCCCAGCGACACUAUGAAUAUGGUUAAUCACUUAACGCAAGCCACUUUACACGUUUAUCAACAAGUUAAACAACACUUUAAGCCAAAUAUCAACCAACCACAUUACGUUUUUGAUCUAAGAGAUUUCUCAAGAAUAAUAAAAUCCUGUUUGUUUCUCAAAAAAGAGACUUAUGACAGCAACAAAAAAAUAUACAUGAAACUUUGGACUCACGAAGUCUUAAGAACCUUUGGAGACAGGCUCAACUCCAAAGAAGAUAAACAAUGGUUAUUUGAAAAUAUUAAACAUUGCUUUAACACUUAUUUUGAAGAAAGUAUAAAUGAUAUUUGCGAGAAUUUGCCUAAAUACGACGAGGAAGUAACUAUGAGUUCCUUGAAUAAUCUAUUAUUUGGAUUUAGCGAUGAAAAAGACAAUGACAACAACCACAAAUACGAUGAAAUCAUUAAUGUUGCCACUCUAUUGGACAUUGUCAACAAUGUAUUGGUGGAAUAUAAUAACGCAAACAAAUUUAAACUGGAUAUAAACGUAUUCGAGGACUCGCUCAUAAGGCUACUAAAACUGAACAGAGUUCUUAAGACAAAUCCCGGAAACGCUUUAUUACUCGGCAUAAGUGGUUCCAGCAGAUUAAGCCUGUCAAAACUGGCAAGCUUCAUGUGCAAUAUAAAGGUAAUCCAGCCUAAAAUAACUUCAAGCUACAAUUUAAACGACUGGAACAAUGAUGUAAAGGCUGCGUUAAGAGAGACUGGCGGAUUUGGUAACCAAGUGCUUUUUAUAGUGCGCGAGUAUGAUCUUCUGGAUGAUCAAUAUUUUGAUAAUAUUAAUUAUUUGUUGAAGGAGAGCGAAAUCCCCACGCUAUAUAGCCCCGAGGAGAGACAGGAUAUAUUGGAAUUGGUUAGAUUAUCGGCACAAGAUGGCAAUAGAAAUGUUGACAUAAGCUCCACUUCGGUUUUUAUGUUCUUUCAUAAACGAUGUAUUAUGAAUUUGCACAUAUUUUUAUGCCUUAGUCCUGUUGGAACAGCAUUAAAUAAAAGACUCAGUAUGUAUCCCUAUCUUACAAACUGUAACGUAAUCUGGUGGGACGAUUGGCCAGAUCGAUAUUUUCAAAGUAUUGCAACCGUAUACCUAAAGGAAGUAAACUUGCUGGAUGAUGUAAAGCAUAGUUUGUUGGACGCGUUUAUUUUCUUUCACAGAAACGUUCAAGAAAAAUCUAAAACGGUGUUGAAAUUUCGUAGAAAACUCUACAUAACCACUUCGCAUUACACGCACAUGAUAAGGUUGUUCGUGGAAUUAAUAAACCAAAAACAGACCAGCCUUCUGGACACCAAAAAACGAUACACUUUGGGCUUAAACAAACUAUCCUUUGCCGCAGACCAAAUUUUAGAAAUGCAAAAAUCCUUGGCCGAAUAUCAACCUCAAGUGGAGGAGAUGACUCAAAAGGCCAUCGAAAUGACUAAACAAAUAGCCUUGGAGACGAUAGAAGUCGAAAGAGCGUCAGCUCUAGUGAGAACCGAUGAAAAAGUGGCACACAAACAGGCCGAGGUGGCCCAAGUUCUUAAAUCCGAAUGCGAAGUCGAGUUGGCUCAGGCAAUCCCAAUUUUGGAGGAUGCCAUUUCGGCCUUGAACACCCUCAAGCCAUCGGAUAUAACGUUGGUUAAGUCCAUGAAAAAUCCGCCGGAUGCCAUAAAGCUGGUAAUGGCGGCUGUUUGUGUGAUUAAAGAUGUCAAACCUGACCGAAUACCUGACCCGUCCACGGGACGAAAAACUUUGGACUAUUGGGGGCCUAGCAAAAGAAUCCUAGGCGAUAUGAAUUUUCUGCAAACCUUAAAAGAUUUCGAUAAGGAUAAUAUUAGGCCGGAAAUCAUGGUUAAAAUUCGGAAGGAUUAUUUGCCUCAUAAGGAUUUUAAGCCGCAUGUUGUUGCAAAAGCGUCCAGUGCCGCUGAGGGUCUCUGCAAAUGGAUUAUAGCCAUGGAUAUGUAUGAUAAAGUAGCUAAGGAGGUGGCGCCAAAAAAGGAAAAACUUGAAAAGGCUGAGAAAGAAUAUGCUGAAACUAUGAGAGUUUUAAACGAAAAGAAGGAUGAGGUGGCUAGAAUUGAGGGCAAGUUGGCAUCGCUGAAUCAAUUAUUGUGCGAGGCCAGGGAAAAACAACAAAAGUUACAAAAAGAAGUCGAUCUUUGCAAGAAGAAGUUAAUAAAAGCACAAAACCUGAUAGGGGGGUUAAGCGGUGAGAAAGUUCGCUGGACUGAAAUAUCGGAAAAAUUGCAAAGUCACUUUGACUGUCUGACAGGCGAUAUAAUGUUAUCAAGUGCUUGUAUAUCAUAUUUAUCUGGUUUUAUAAAGCAGGAAAGGGCGGAAAUAGUUAAAGCAUGGUUUGAUUAUGUCGUUGAAAAAAAAAUUUCUUCCAACGAAGUUUUUUCUAUAAGGGACAUUCUUGGUUCUGAGGAAGAGGUGGAAAAAUAUUUACACAUGGAAAUGUUCAAUGAUUCCAUAUUUAUUGAAAAUGCACUUAUAGUGAGUCAUACAAAAUUUUAUUGUUUAUUUAUAGAUCCUCAGUACAGAGGUAGCGCUUUUGUAAAAAAUAUAGAAAAAAGUAACAAUUUAGUCGUAACAAAACUUACAGAAAAUUAUUAUGAAAAAAUUAUUGAAUGCAUGCAAUCCGGACGACCUAUUUUGCUACAAAAUAUAGGCCAUAAUAUUCCAUACAGACUUAUUCCAUUCAUAAAUAAGCAAAUCAUAACCGAGGAUAACAAUACAUAUUACUAUAUAAACGACUUAAAAUUGAAAUACCACCGAAACUUUAGAUUCUACUUAUUUACGAAUAAAGCGAAUCCUCAUUAUUUCCCGGAAAUAUGGAAUAAAUUCACAAUCAUUAAUUUCCAUAUAACAAAAGCAGCUCUAACUGAUCAUCUGCUUAAUGUAGUUGUUGAAAUUGAAAAACCCGAAUUUAAAAGUCUCAAAAUUGAUUUGACCAAGAAAAUGAGAAAAAACAAGGCUGAGAUUAAAGAAUUAGAGAAGAAAAUCUUGUACACUUUAACGGAAUCUGAGACGGACAUUUUGGAAGAUGAAGGUUCGAUAAAAAUAUUGCACGAGUCAAAGGAUUUGGCUAAGAUUAUAAGGCUUAAGCAAGAGGCGUCCAAGAAAUUGCAUUUGCCCAUAAUAGAGUUUCAGAAGGAUUAUUUCGACGUUGCCAAUCAUGCUUGUUCCAUGUAUUAUUGUAUUAAUGACUUGCAUUGCGUCAACUAUUUAUAUCAGUUUUCAUUGAAGUGGUUUAUGGAUGUCUAUUUUAACUCUAUUUUGAAGUCUAGUAUAUCCAGGGUGGUUGAGGAGAGGAGGGCAAAUUUAAAGGAUACGUUGACUUAUAGUUUAUUUUCGAAUGCUUCGGAAUCUUUGCAUAAUAAGGAUAAAAUUCUGUUGGCCUUCUUGAUAACCUGCAGGAUUAUGCUUAGUGACAAUGAGAUAACCAAAGAGGAAUAUUUGUUUUUUAUUUGUGGUAAAUGUGAGAUAAAAUUGCAGGUGGAAAAUCCUGUGAGCAACCACAUUGCUGAUGAUAAAUGGAACAAUGUUUGCCAUUUAUACAUAUUACCGAUAUUCCAGGAUUUUACAGAAAAUAUCAUAGAAAAUAUAUGCGACUGGAAUAAUUUUUUAACUAAUCAAAAUCCUUUUGCCAGUAAAAUACCACAUAAAUGGGAAAAUAAACUCACUUCUUUCCACAAGCUAAUCCUAAUAAAUUUACUGAGACCUGAGAAAUUAUAUGACGCCAUCCCAAUGUUCAUAUCAAAUAAAAUUGGCGAUAAGUUUAUUCAUCCCCAAAAAUUCGAUAUUAAUGAAGUUUACAACAAAUCUUACAGUAUACAGCCUGUCAUAUUUUUACUGACAACCGGCGUCAAUCCUUUAAAUGAUCUACACAAACUGGUGGCGCAGAAAAGGUACACAAAUAAAUUCCACGCGAUGUCAAUGGGUUCGAAGGACUUUAACGCAGCUACCGAACUAUUGGAAAACGCCAAGAGCCGAGGUUCUUGGGUAUUCCUACAAAACUGCCAUUACGCGAAAAAAUGGCUGAUUAAGGCGGAAUCGAUUGUCGAGAACAUGGAUUAUCAAAACACUCAUGAAAAUUUUCGUUUGUGGUUAAGUUUCGAGCCAUUCCCUGAAAUUUCCGCAACACUACUUCAGAACUCUAUUAAAAUAAUCAACGAGCCGCCGCAAACACUCAAACAAAAACUUCUGAAGUUAUAUAAUGAAGAGCCUAUUUGUAACGAGGAGUUUUAUAGAGGUUGUCCAGGGAAGCAUACUGCUUUCGCGCGUUUAUUGUACGGGCUGACCUUUUUUCACUGCAACGUACAGGCAAGGCAGAAAUUACUUUCUCCCAGCGUUCCCUAUUUAUUCAACGACAAUGAUUACCUAGUGUCAACACAGCAAUUGCAAGCCAUAAUAAACGAGGAAACAUUCACAUAUAGAAAAUUAAUUUACAUUAUAGGAGGCAUUAAUUACGGGGGUUACAUUGCGAGCCAGUACGGCAAGGAGUUGCUCGCUGUUUUAUUAAAAGAGUGCCUCAAUAAGACUGUGGUUCAGAAAAGCACUUUCUUGUUUAACAACGUGGUCAAUUACGGUUUACCCAAUAAGAAUGACCACCAGGACUUCGUACAAUACAUUGAAAACCUGCCCGUCAACGAUACCCCUGAGAUUUUUGGACUUCACCCAAAUUCGGAUCUUAGAAGAGGUUUACUGUACAAGUCGGAAUUUUUAACGUCCUUACUUACCGCGGCCAGAUUAAAUCAUAAAAAUAAGGUGGAGGGAAAUGAAACAAUAAUUUGUUGUAUGACCGGCGAUGUGCUGAACUAUCUUCCUAUGUUUAUCGAUGACAUCGAAAUGGACGUGCGUGAUUGCAGAUUUUACGUAAUUAAAAAGGAAAUCCGGUUAUUGAAUCUGAUUUUAAAAACAGUCAAAAGCAAUCUGAAAUUAAUUCAGGGCGUAUUGAACGGGAGCUCGCAACUAAACAAAGAAGUAAAUGACGCAAUGGAAGCCAUGUUAAACAACGAAAUACCAAAAGUUUGGCUUGCCGGAACUAAUGAUGUUUAUGGUAAUAAUUUGCCCAUAUUCAUAAAAUCCAUUACAAACAAGUUUAAUUACUUCAAAUUGUUAAUAGAAAGCCAUGGGGAUCUGGAUGAGCACUUGAUAUCAGCUUAUUUCAACCCAAAAGGAUUAGUUUGGGCCAUUCAAAUGAACUACUCCAAAGAACACAGCAUAUCUCUGGAAAACGUUGUAAUAGAGCAUGCGUUUUCGGAUGAAAAAAUUAACAGGGACUCGCUAAAAAUGUCGCCCUUGUAUAUCAUGAAUGCAUUAUGGAAUAAAGAAACCAAUCUUUUGAUAGAAAACACUACCAAAGAGUUGUACACUUUGACGCCCCCCAUAAUAUUCAAACCAAUUUUAAAGGACAAAAGUCGCAAAUACAAUCAAUUUAAAUGCCAGCUUUAUUAUAGGCAGACAAUUAAACCAAUCUUCGAAAAAAAUAACAACUACAUUAUGUCAAUAUUUCUUAAUACCGAUGUAAAUCGCAGCCAGUGGAUUAAAAAGGGCGUUGUUUUGUAUUGCGAAGUUGAUUAA